CGUGCGUGCGCUGUGUGUGUGUGUUGGCUGAGUGGCUGAGUGGCAGCCUGCAGACCGCCCUGAUCAGUCUGGGUGAGACAUAACAACCAGAAGAAGAAAGGAGGCAUGGAGACAGAUGACUUCAGAGCCUGUCUGAUCUCCAUGGGCUAUGAUCUGGGAGAGUCUGAGUUUGCCCGCAUCAUGUCUCUAGUGGAUCCCAACGGGUCCAACAAGGUGACCUUCCAGUCCUUCGUUGACUUCAUGACUAGAGAGACGUCCGACUCAGACACCUCAGAGCAGGUCCUCGCCUCCUUCAAGAUCCUGGCUGCUGAUAAGCCCUUCAUCCUGCUGGAGGAGCUGCGUAGAGAGCUGCCCCCAGAGCAGGCAGAGUACUGCAUCGCCAGGAUGCCCCUCUACAAUGGGCCUGAUGGGGUCCCAGGGGCCCUGGACUACACUGUCUUCUCCACUGCCCUCUACGGGGAGAGCGACCUCUAGCUUCACACUCCAGAAAUGCACCCUGACCUCGUAUCAGUCUCGCCCCAUUUUUGUUCCACACAUUUACAUCUAAAUUGAUUCAUAUUUUGACCGGUACUAAAAGGUAGUUAUGUUUGAGAAAUACAAACGCAUUUUAAAGCCGUUUCAUGAGUGUAUGAUUUCUAAAGAGUAGGGAGAAAUAUUUAUUUCAAAGGACUGAGCAGGAUUCAUUCACUAGAUUUAAAAAAAAUGAUGACUCAGUAAAUGUGAAAUUACAUGUGAUUCACAUAAAAGUAACUUACACAUAAAAAGUAACUUGCACAUAAAAGUAACUUACACAUUAAAAGUAACUUACACAUAAAAAGUAACUUGCACAUAAAAAGUAACUUACACAUAAAAAGUUACUUGCACAUAAAAGUAACUUACACAUAAAAAGUAACUUGCACAUAAAAGUAACUUACACAUUAAAAGUAACUUACACAUAAAAAGUAACUUGCACAUAAAAAGUAACUUACACAUAAAAAGUUACUUGCACAUAAAAGUAACUUACACAUUAAAAGUAACGUGCACAUAAAAGUAACUUACACAUUAAAAGUAACUUGCACAUAAAAGUAACUUACACAUAAAAAGUAACUUGCACAUAAAAGUAACUUACACAUAAAAAGUAACUUGCACAUAAAAGUAACUUACACAUUAAAAGUAACUUGCACAUAAAAGUAACUUACACAUAAAAAGUAACUUGCACAUAAAAGUAACUUACACAUUAAAAGUAACUUGCACAUAAAAAGUCACUUACACAUUAAAAGUAACUUGCACAUAAAAAGUAACUUACACAUAAAAAGUAACUUACACAUUAAAAGUAACUUGCACAUAAAAAGUAACUUACACAUAAAAAGUAACUUGCACAUUAAAAGUAACUUACACAUUAAAAGUAACUUACACAAGAAGCGCUACUAAGUUAUUUGCUAGUCACCGUUGGAGACCUAAAGAUACGGAGUGAUGAGAAGCUUGUAUUGUAACAGUGUUUGCACUCUUCUACAUUAUUACAUAAAAAACAGGGGACGGUUUUGCCUCAUCUGUUCAGUGCCUAAAAUGAAUGGAAAAGGACCCAGUAUGCUAGUCUGGUCCCUGAUCUGAUCCCACAGCCUGGUCCUAGAUCUGAUCCCACAGCCUGGUCCCAGAUCUGAUCUCACCUAGCCUGGUUCGAGAUCUGAUCCCCCUAGCCUGGUCCCAGAUCUGAUCCCACAGCCUGGUCCCAGAUCUGAUCUCACCUAGCCUGGUUCGAGAUCUGAUCCCACUAGCCUGGUCCCAGAUCUGAUCCCACAGCCUGGUUCCAGAUCUUAUCUCGCCAGCCUGACCCCCAGAUCUGAUCUCUCUAGCCUGGUCCCAGAUCUGAUCUCACUAGCCUGGUCCCAGAUCUGAUCAAGCCAGCCUGGCCCCCAGAUCUGUUUGUGCUCUAAUCCAUCCAGGCUACAUUAUAAUCCACCAAGGCUACAUUAUAAUCCACCCAGGCUACAUUAUAAUUCACCCAGGCUACAUUAUACUUCACCCAGGCUACAUUAUAAUUCACCCAGGCUACAUUAUAAUCCACCCAGGCUACAUUAUAAUCCACCCAGGCUACAUUAUAAUCCACCCAGGCUACAUUAUAAUCCACCCAGGCUACAUUAUAAUCCACCCAGGCUACAUUAUAAUCCACCCAGGCUACAUUAUAAUCCACCCAGGCUACAUUAUAAUCCACCCAGGCUACAUUAUAAUCCACCCAGGCUACCAGUAUGUCAGAACUGCAGUGCUGUUUAUUGUCAAAACGAGUGAAAACUUGUGUUUCAUGAUUGGAGUCGAGUUUCCCCUAAAGGCUCAUGUUGAGUCAGUCUAGCAUUUCUCCCAUUAAUGUUCAGGGUUAAGCUUGGGGGAGGAGAAGCUGAUCCUAGGUCUGUACCGAGGGGAAACUUUAACCCCCAGAGACUCAUGAUUGGACAGUAACUAGGCUGUGUUUGAUGCCAGAAACAAAAUAAUGUAACUGUAAAAUAACAAACUGUUUGUCUGGGUAAAACUACAAUCUUAGUCUCCUCAAGAACGCUGAUGUGGAAUCUGAAGGUAUGAAGAGUUUCUAGUGUAAGACGAAGGAGCAGAAAAUAAACUCAGUGAUUAAAACGU